GAUGCAGACUACCUGGUUUCUGCAAAGUUCGAUACCUGGAUGAUCUCCCUUGGGACCCAGAUGAGCUUCAUGCUGCUUUGUAAUAAGUACAGAAGGCAACGCUGAGAUCGCCUCUGUAGAUGCUCAAGCUGCGUUGGCUAUGCCCGGGGUGUACAAAUUCAUUCAAGCUUCCGACAUUCCUGCUGGAGGAAUAAACAACUUUUCACCCCUUGCAUCAACUCAUGAAGAGUUUCUCUCAAGCGGUCGAGUGGAGUAUGCUGGCCAGCCCAUUGGCAUCAUAGUUGCAGAUGACCCUCUAACAGCGCGUUCUGCAGCAUCCAGAGUAAAGGUGACUUACACCAAUGUCCAGCCACCAUUACUGGACACCAGGACGGCCAUUAAUCAAAAGUCUUUCUUUCCAAGUCAGCUGGACCCUGUCAUCAGUGGUGAUCCAGACACGGCCAUUGCCCAGUCAGCUCGACGCUUGAGUGGCUCGGUGGAGGUAGGAGACCAGUACCACUUCUACAUGGAGGCUCAGAGCAGCAGGUGCGCCCCCAACGACAAUGGAGGGAUGGAUGUACAGUCGACAACCCAGUUUAUAGAUCGCACCACACAGGCUGUGGCAGGUCUCCUCAACAUCCCAGUGAACAGCGUGAACCUGGAAGUCGAACGCCUAGGUGGCGCUUUUGGAGGAAAGAUCACUCGCAAUUCCCUCGUCGCUGGAGCCUGCGCAUUGGCUGCGUUGAUCAUGCAGAGACCUGUUCGCUUGGUCGUGGAUAUCCACACUAACAUGAAGACGAUGGGAAAGCGCCUUCCGGUGAUUGGAGACUACGAGGUGGGAUUCACAGAAGAAGGAAAGCUGAAUGGAAUAAAGUUCGCAUACUACGCUGACUGUGGUCAUCAUGACAUUGAUUCUGGAAAUGUUUUUGUUUCGAAGUUCAUAGACAACGCUUAUUACUGUCCGAACUGGAACCUAAAGAUCGUCACUGUGAAAACAAACAAAGCCACUAACACGGCCCUCAGGGCUCCUGAGGCUGUUCCGUGUGUUUACAUGAUGGAGACGAUAAUGGAACACAUUGCCAAAGUGCUUAACAAGGACCCCACGGAGAUUAAAAAACUCAAUCUCUACCAAAAAGGACAGUUUGCUCUGAACGGUACAAAGCUGGACUACUGCAACCUCACAGAGAUUGUUUCUCAGAUAGAAACAUCUUCUGACUUUGAAGCUCGCAAACGCCAAGUGGCCGAGUUCAAUCAGGCAAAUCGUUGGAGAAAGCGAGGCAUCUCCUUGAUCCCCUCAAGGUAUGGUGUGGCAUGGACCAACGGAAAUUACAGUGUGUUUGUGGCUGUGUACCACGCUGACGGGUCGGUCACCGUUGAACACGGGGGCAUCGAUCUAGGGCACGGAAUCAACACAAAGGCAGGCCAGGUGUGCGCCUAUGAGUUGGGUAUUCCUCUCUCACUGGUUCGGGUCAAGAAGAGUUCUUCUAAUGUAAACGCAAACUCCUUCCUUACCGCAGGAUCCAAAACAACAGAGAUGAACUGCCAGGGAGUCAUCCAGUGCUGUCAGGAAAUUAAUGCUCGCAUGGCACCAGUCCGACAGAGAAUGGCGACUGCCGCGUGGAAGGACAUUGUCACCGAGUGCCAUCGCCUGAGAAUCGACCUUGUAGCCCACGCCUUCACCGUGCCCCAGAGUGUGUAUCCAUGUCGCUAUGACGUGUACAUGGCGGCCGUGGCGGAGGCUGAGCUGGAUGUACUCACUGGUCAGUUCCAGAUCAACCGCGUGGACAUCUUGUACGACUGCGGCGACAGCAUGAAUCCGGAAAUAGACGUUGGACAGAUUGAAGGAGGAUUUGUGUUGGGUAUGGGAUGUCACCUGACAGAAUACAGCAAGUUUGACCCCAAAACAGGAGUCCUGCUCACUGACGGAACUUGGCUGUACAAGCCGCCUCUACCCAAAGACCUGCCCAUAGAUUUCCGAGUGGCGCUGUUGAAGAACGCCCCCAAUCCAAUGGGAGUAUUGCGCUCCAAAACUGUCGGGGAGCCACCGGUGCCAAUGAGCUGCUGCACCGUCUUCGCCAUCAAGCACGCCGUGGAGGCUGCACGUGCCGAGAUCGGCCACGACACCUACUUCACCCUGAACUCACCUGCGCUGCUGCAACAGGUUCAGGCGGCCUGUCAGGUGGACCCUGCCCAGUUCACACUUGGAAACUAGUCGUCUGCUCGACUGGGCUAAGUGGCCGUGUGAUGCUUUAUGAGAUGUUGACUACCUACAGACAUGUUUACUUUACCUUUUAGUGACAUUCAGCUUUAAAGUGUUUUAGAGUUUAAAGAGCUUUUGUUUUCAGGUCCAAGAUUAAGUCUUUUCAUGGAGAAACGCUUAAAUGUUUGAGAAUCAAUUAAACAUAAGCGGACAAAGGUGUAAUAAGUAACCAAAAGAUAAUUUGUUUAUCGUAUUACACGUUUGUCUGAUUUUCUUGUACUUGGUUUCAAAUGAUGUAAAUACUAGAAGAUUAUACUGAUUACUGUAUACAAUUUUUAUCACUUAACGUAAAUUACAAUAAAAGUUUUCUCUAUUUCUUAAAGUGGCAUCACGGUGUAUUUGGUUUUACUAAAAAUAAGGACACAAUAUCACUAUUUAAACUGUUUGCAUAUAAGUGAAAGCACAGAUUUGGGAGUGGGCCUCAGUCGUUAUUGACAGAAUAUUUUUUUGUGGCUUAUAUUCUUCGUUUAAAACGAGAAACAAACUUUUUUUGAUGCGGUGUGGUUUGGCAUGAAAAUUUUGUCAUUUGAAUAGAGCCAAAUUUGUCGCCCUCUUGAGUAUACAUUUUGUUUUGCUAAUUUAGAAACGUGGUCAAUGGAGACUUUUUUUCAAAAGCGUGUUUGCUUCCAUUUUGAUGUGAUAUAUCUGGAGGAUUUUUCCUUUGGUCAACAGUAUCGUUAAUGCAGAAUCGUAAUAUACACGUAAUCAGGAAAAGGCAAUGAAUUAAAAAUCGCUUGAGUCGAGA